AUGCAUUUAUCAGGGAUAGUUAACUUUCAACAUGUAUUUUCCCUUCUCUCGGCAUCCAUAAAUCAUAUUCCUUCGGAAGUAAGCCUAGAUAUCAAUAAUCAUUUACCUAGUAUAGAUAAUCAUCAAACAACAAAUGUGGAGAAUGUGAAACCUGUGGUCUUAUGGCACGGUUUAGGAGAUAAUUAUAAUUCAUCGGGUAUGAAUAAAGUCAAAGAUAUAAUUAAUAGCAUUUAUCCUGAUACAUUCGUCUAUUCCAUUGCCAUUGAUGAAGAUCCUUCAACUGAUCAACAACGAUCAAUGUUUGGAGAUGCAAAUGUGGAAUUGGAACAGGUUUGUGAAACACUUUCUACAAUCCCAGAACUUGAAAGAGGGUUUAAUGCAAUUGGAUUUUCCCAAGGUGGUGUGUUUAUCCGAGCAUUGAUUGAAAGAUGUCCAUUUGUUAAAGUGCAUAAUUUGGUAACCUUUGGUUCACCACAUCUUGGAAUUAUGGAACUUCCUUUAUGUAAAGAUCCUAAAGAUUGGUUAUGUAAAGCAAGAAACGGACUAUUAAAGAAACAAGUUUGGUUUGAUAGUGUACAGAAACGAGUAAUCCCUGCACAAUAUUUUAGAGAUCGGGCUCAAAUAGAUAAAUAUUUAGAACAUUCAAACUUAUUGGCUGAUAUUAAUAACGAACGAGUAGAGAAAAAUUCAACUUAUAGAGAUAACUUUUCAAGCAUAAACAAAUUGGUUCUUGUUACAUUUACGGAAGAUACCACUUUGGUGCCCAAAGAUAGUGCAGCAUUUAUUGAUUUUGAUCCUGAAACGGGUACAAUCAUUCCAUUUGCUGAGACAGAUUUGUAUCAAAGAGAUUAUAUUGGAUUAAAACAACUACAUGAACAAAACAAAGUCGAGUUCUUAUCAAUUGAAGCGGAUCAUAUGAAAAUAACAGAAAAUUUCCUUCGAGAGGUAACUAUAAACUACCUUGGGCCAGAAAUUUAA